GCUUCCGUCUAUUCACAGCAGAGCCAUUAUCUGCGCAACAGGAGACGGGGCGGGGAGAGGCGCACGGUCUGUCCGCAGUCCGGACAGCAGAGAGAGCAGAGAACGAACUUUAAUGUUUUAAACUUUCUUACAACAUAAAACAACAUGAGCAUGUACGGAUCCACAUCGAAACUGGCCACGAUGGGCCAGAGAAGCAAUUCCCGACCGGAUUUGUCGACUUUCAGAAACGAAAUGUACGCCGGUGGAAACGGCUUCCAGGGGGAUUUUCAGGCUGGAGACGUCGGAUACUCCUACAACACCUUCUCCAGGAGCUCGAUGCACGGCGGGGGUAUGGGAGGACAGAAGGUCCAAGUCAGCAUGGGUGGAGGCGGAGGUGGUGGAAUGAGUGCACAUGCUAUUCAGCAGAAGGCUUUUGCCCUGAGGAGCCAGUGUCAGGAGUUCCUGCACAAAGCAAAGAUGAUUCUCCAGAAUGGGGGUCCAAUGAUAGAAGUGGAGAAGUGUUUGAUGAUGGCUGCAGAGAGCAUGGACCAGUUGAAAAUCUGUAUCAUAGAGCUGCAGCAGAUGCGCAUACCCAACGACUUUGACAAAAGCUUUGAUCAGUUACAGCAGAUGUACGUUGGCAUCCAACAGCAAGUUGCCAGCGCUACUAUCAGACGGAACAGAGCGAGCGUGACCUCUUUCGAGGGAGGACGGAUAUUUAAUGACGCCAUGGCCUGGAUUGCUCAACAGAAGCGCAUGAUCGAGACAGCUCCAUGGGGAGAUGAUUCUGCCACCAUUGAAAACCAAAUCGCGAACCACAGAAAGUACCACAGCACGAUCCAGAGGAGCCAAGAGGUCGAUCGUGCCAGAGAUGAUUUGAAUUCAAGGUCUGACAAGUACAACCUCGCCAUGGUGGAACAAGAAUGGGACAGCCUGCAGAAAAUGUCCCACGGUCGCUUGGAGCAGCUGCGUGACCUCCAGAAGAUCAUCGAGGAGAUCUCCCGUGCCAUCAUGUGGGUGAACGAGAGAGAGGAGGAGGAGCUUGUGUUCGACUGGGGAGACAAGAACAUUGACCAGUAUAUCCCCAGGAAACAAGAGAACUACUCAAGGCUGAUGAGGGAUCUGGAGGAGAAGGAGAAGGAGCUAAACAAGCUGAAGGUGAAAGCAGACCACCUCGUGAACAACAACCAUCCCGCCUCAGAUAAGAUUGACGCCUACAUGGACACCUUACAGACCCAGUGGAGCUGGCUUCUCCAGAUUACUAAGUGCAUCCACAUCCACUUGAAGGAGAAUGCUGCCUACAGCCAGUUCUUCAAGGAGGCCAAUGAGACCUACGCAAAGCUGCAGAAGGAGCACGAGGUGAUCCGGAGCAAAUUCAUUUGUGACAAGAACACCCCACUGGAGAACCUCAAUGAGCUCCUGAAAAACCUGGAGAAAGCAAAAGAGCGCAUUAUGGAUAAUAAGAGGCAGGUUCAGAGUCUGGUGAGCAAGUCUAAGUCCAUUGUCAGGCUGAGACCCCGCAACCCUGAGGAGAAGAGCAGCACCCCGGUCAUAGUCAAGGCCUUGUGUGACUUUAAACAAGACCAGAAAGGUAUAUUAAAAGACAACGAGGGCAUCCUGAAGGACAACUCACAACGCAGCAAGUGGCUGGUGACAGGACCCGGGGGCCUCGACAUGAUGAUUCCAUCUGUGUGCCUGAUCAUCCCACCACCAAACCCUCUCAGCAUCGGGCUUGCCAACAAAAAUGAGCAGUAUUAUGAUGCCAUCAUGGGCAUUUGGAAUCAGCUCUACAUCAACAUCAAGAGUCUCAUCUCGUGGCAGUACUGCCUCAAAGACAUCAACUACAUCAACUCUCUCACUCUCAGUAUGCUGUCCAAGAUGCGACCCGAGGAGUACCGCAGCAUCAUCAAAAGACUGGAGACCCACUACCAAGACUUCCAGCGCAACAGCCAAGGGUCUGAACUGUUCGGGGAAGAGGACAAGAGAGUCAUCCAGGGCCACUUUGACAAAGCCCAAAACCACUAUGAUACACUGAUUGUUCAGCUUCCUGCUUACAACAAUAAAUGUGACGAAGAGGAGAAGCCUGAACCCCAAAAGCCAGAAACCAGCAAGACUACCAAGGUCACCAAGGUCACUGUCACCAAAAACAGUCAACAGGUUCCCUCAACCAGUUCUACCCUGAGCCUCACACUGCUCAGCAGCCUGCAAGAACUCCGACGCAAGCUGGAGCUGGCCGAGUCCGACCUCACCACUCAUCUCCACAUUCCACUGGGAGAGAACAGUGUGCACGAGUGCUCGGUGCACAUUCAGAAGCUGCAGGCGGUUCAUCAAGAUUUGGACUGUAUUCAUGAUGAGUACUUGCGCAUAAGAGAAAAGAUCAUCAAGCAGCUGGAGGGGAUACCCGCAGACAGCGAACAAGCCAAGUAUCUCCGCUCCGAACUGGAUAUCAUCAACCAGAAACUGGGAGGACUGCAGGGUCUCUACUCAGCCUACCUACAGAGGCUGUCUGCACUUAAGGCCCUGCUCCACAGCAUUUACCAGGCCGAGGAUAUCAUUAAAGUACACGAGGCCCGGCUGACAGAGAAGGAGACCAGCUCUCUGGACCUUCGAGAGUUGGAAAACUAUCGGCACACACUGAAGCAAAUGAAGAGUGAUCUGGACCAAAGAAGAGACUUGCUGACAUCUAUGGAGUCUGACCUGUCAAAAGCCUUGCACUGGAACGGUCAAAUCUCUGAUCCGUUACACAAGUGUGAUGUAGCUUUAUCCAAAUAUUCAGAACUGGUGGGCCAGUUGAGCGACCGCUGGCAUCGCAUCCAAACCCAGAUCGAUAGCAGAAUGUGGGACUUGGAGAAGCAGGAGGCACAGCUGAAAGAUUAUCAGCAGACCAGCACUUCCCUGAGUCAGUGGAUAGACAAUGCCAGGAACCGCCAGGAUACGCUUCAGAUGGUCAAGCUCAACGACAUCCAGACUCUAAUGGAUCACCUCAACCAGCAGAAGGUACUUCACAAUGAAAUUAAAGGAAAGAAGGACAGCGUUGAGCAUGUGCAGAAAAACGCAAACGCCUGCGCUGCGUCAAUAAAGGAUUACGAGUUGCAGCUGGCUUCCUACACUUCAGGCCUGGAAACCCUGCUUAAUAUUCCCUUCAAGAGAACUAUGCUGCAGUCCCCUGCUUCUGUGGUCAGAAAUGAGGCGGGUGACCUCCAGGCGAGAUACAUAGAGCUACUUACUCGCUCUAGCGACUACUACAAGUUUCUUGGGGAGCUGCUGAAGAACAUGGAAGAGCUGAAGAUAAGGAACACAAGGAUUGAGAUGCUGGAAGAGGAACUGAGGCGUCUGAAGGAUGACAUUCAGGAUCGUAGCCUAAAAAACAAGUCUCUGGAGGACACUCUGGCCCGCUACAAGCUGGACCUCGCUCAGUCACAAGACCAAUUAAUUUCUAUGGAGGAAGUGAAGCGAACCACCGUAAUACAAGCUAAUGCUGCCAAGGAGAACCUGGACAGCACUCACAGUCAGCUUCAAGACCUUCAUGAACAACUGACCCGCAUCAAAUACCAGCUGGAGGAGGAAAAGAGGAAAAGAAGGCUGGCUGAAGAGCGCUACACCAGCCAGCAAGAAGAGUAUGAGGGUGCUGUUCGCCGCAGACAGAAAGAACUGGAAGAGCUCAACUGGGCCAAGAUCGACUUAGAAAAGGCAGUGAAGGACAAGGAACGUGAACUGGAAAGGAUGAAAAUACAGCUAGAAGAUGAGGCGGCACGUCGACGAAAUGCAGAAUCAGAGAUCUCAAAGGUAAGAACACAGUGUACCCAGGAGAUUAAUCAACUUAAGCAGACAUACGAGACAGAGAUCCACGUUACCAAGACCACGAUCCUAAAGGCCUCACAACAGAAAGAGGAAGACACAGCAGAACUGAAGCUGCACAUUGACAGGCUCGCUGCUGAAAAGAGAGACCUUGAGGAGGAGCUAAGGAGACUGAGGAUGUCGAUUGCACACACAGAAGAGCAGAAAUGCAGGGCAGAGCAGGAGGCCAACCAGCAGAGGGCAUCUGUGGUACAAGAGUCAAGGGUGCGCAGUGAGCUAGAGGUGCAGCUGAGAUCACUUAACCAGCAGAGAGAUGAGGAUGAGCUCAAAUUAAAGGAAGCCACCAAGAGCAAUCAGGAAAAGUCCAGGCAAAUCAGCAUGCUAACAUUCAACCUGGAGGAAGAAGGGAAAAAGAGGAGAGCCUUGGAACUGGAACUCAAUCACCUGAAACAAGCUGAGGCAGAACUAAAAUCAAAGAACUCUGCCUACCUGGAGACAAUUAACAAGCUUAAAGUGUCUGAGCAGGAGAUCCACAUCACCCGUGUGGAGCUGGAGAAACAGACCAGUGAGAAAUCAAAGGCUGAGCAGAACUCAGCCAGGCUUCAGAGUCGUAUCCGGGACCUUCAGUGCUCUCUGGAUGGAAUGGAAGCUGAGUUGGAAAAACAAAAAAAGGCAGCACAGGAAGAGUUCACUCGUAGAAAGAGAAUAGAAGCUGAGUUGGAGAGGAUGGGGCAAAUCUGCAGAGAGCACACCACCACAAUUACCACACUGAAAUCUGUUCAGCUAGAGGCUUCCACUACUGGGAGGAAGUAUGAGCAGGACCUCAGGGCUCUCCAGGAGGCCCUGGACAAGAGCCUGAGGGAUCAUAAAGCCACCAAGGAGGAAUUGGCAGUGGCUACAGCUGAAGUGAAGACGCUGAAGCAGAAGCUUCAGCAGGAAGUCAACAGAAUUUACGAACUCAACCAACGUAACGAAAGCCUGUACAAGACCAUUGAGGAGAAAAGCCGCCAGCUUAAUGAAUACACUACUGAGAUUGAACGCCUGAAGACUCUGACCCAGAACCUGACAAAGGAGAGGUUGAAGUUGGAGGAGGAGCUGAGAACAGUUAGACAGGAGAGAGAUGAGCUGAGAUCUAGCAAAGACAACAUUGAUGGAGAAAAUGCCGCUCAGAUCUCAGCCUUGCAUGUCCAGCUUCAGUCUAGCACAAAGAGGACAGCGGAGCUCCAGGGUCUCAUCAAUGACCUGACCAAGGAGAGAGAAAAGCUUAAAUUGGAAAUAGACAAAAUCCAAAAGCAGUCAAUUGAGACAUCCAUGAUGGUGCAUGAUUCCCAAAGUAAAUACAGUGAGCUGCUGCUGGAGAAGGAUAGUUUGGUAACCAAGAUUAAACUUCUUGAGCAGGACAAGAACCGUCAGCAGCGGCUAGAAGAGGAGCUCACCCGCAUCAAGCUCACACUAGAGACCGAGCUUCGCAACAAACAGCGGCUACAGGAUGAAAAAAAUUCCAUCUAUAAGGAGUUAACCUCCAUAAAGAGUCAGUAUGAGCUGACAGCAAACCAGAUUAGGCAAUCUGAAUCGGACCGGGACAUGGCUUCCCGAGAGAGGCUGUCCCUCAAGAAUGAGAUUGAGAGGCUCACGAGAGAGCUGAAGAGUGUUGAGGACAGGUACAAAAACCGUCUGUUGUGCUCAGAAAAGGAGGUGUCAGAACUGACUCUAAAGAGAGAUUCCCUGCUGAGAGAGAUACAGAGACUACAGCAGAGGCCCAGCACGCUAUGUAGACAGACUCAGACAGAUGAGAAGGUCCUAACAGUUGAUCCGUCCAAGCUUGUUUUUGAUGGGGUGCGCCGCAAAGUUACAGCUCACCAGCUCUGUGACUGUGGUAUAAUCAGCAAAUCUACUCUAGACAAGCUCCUUCAGGGAACUAAGACAGUGGAUGAGGUAGCUGUGGACAUCCAGCUUAGUCUGAAGGGAACUGGCAUCAUUGCUGGCAUGACAAGUGGUAGUCAAGGGAAAAUGCCCUUCACUGAAGCCAAAAACAAGGACUUCCUCAGCCCAGAGAGCGCUCUCAAGCUCUUGGAAGCUCAAGCAGCAACCGGCUACAUAAUAGACCCUACAUUUAAUGAGAAGAUGCCUGUAGACACUGCUUGUUCAAGAGGGAUUGUAGACACAGAAGACAGAGAUACCUUGGUUACAGCUGAAGCAGCCAGCACAGGAUUCAAAGAUCCAUACAGUGGCAAACUGUUAUCUGUGGGCCAGGCAUGUAAGCAGGGCCGCAUAGACAAAGAGACAGCCAUCCGCUUGCUUCAGGCUCAGGAGUCUGUUGGAGGCAUUUUGGAUCCAGUCCUGAGUGUGUUCCUUCCAAAAGAUCUGGCCUUAGAUCGCAAUCUUAUUGAUGAGGAGCUCUACAGGGCUUUGAACAAAAAACCCGCCUGCUACCUGGAUCCAGCAACAGGAGAGAAAAUAAGUUAUGCCAACCUUCGGAAGAAGUGCGCAGUGGACCCUGUGUCUGGCUUGCUUUUGCUCCGUGGUCCAGAAAAGUCAAUGACAGUGAAGGGUCUCCGUGGUCAGGUCGCUGUCACAGAGCUCGUCAACUCUGGACUUCUGGAUGAAACUGACUUGCAGAAGCUCAACCAGGGCAAACUCACCAGCAGAGAAAUUGAAGAGAGGCUGAAGUCCUACCUCUACGGCUCUACCUGUAUUGCAGGGAUCUAUGAUGAGGCUAAUGACAGAAUAAUGCCUUUCUAUCAGGCAAUGAAGGAAGGUCUGCUCAUGAGAGGAACCACCCUGGAGCUUCUUGAGGCUCAAGCUGCUUCGGGCUUCAUUGUUGACCCAGUAAACAAUGUCUUCUUGACGGUGGAGGACGCAUCUAAGAGAGCCCUGAUAGGGAAGGAGUUCAAAAAUAAGUUGCUGUCCGCAGAGAAAGCAGUAACUGGAUACAAAGACCCAUCCACAGGAAAGACAAUCUCCCUCUUCCAGGCCAUUGAGAAAGAUCUUAUCGAAAAAGGCCAUGGAAUCCGACUACUUGAGGCUCAGAUUGCCAGCGGUGGCAUCAUUGACCCCAAAGAAAGCCACCGUAUUGAUGUAGCUAUGGCCUAUAAAAGAGGAUACUUCGAUGAGGAGAUGAAUGACAUUUUAACUUAUGAAGGUGAUGACACAAAGGGGUUCUUUGACCCUAACACCAAGGAGAACCUGACAUAUCUUCAGCUGAAGGACAGGUGCAUCACUGAUGAAAAAACAGGCCUCAUACUCCUGCCAAUCAGAGACAAGAGGAAGCCCCAGAAGUCACAGGAGAGCCGCACCAAUGUCCUCCGCAAGAGGCGGGUUGUGAUUGUGGACCCAGACACGGGGCUUGAGAUGUCAGUGAGGGAGGCGUAUCACCGGGAGCUGAUCGACUAUGACACUUUCCUGGACUUGUCAGAACAGGAGUGUGAGUGGGAGGAAAUAACUGUCACAGGGUCAGAUGGUUCUGCACGCUUGGUGAUAGUGGACAGGAAAACUGGAACCCAGUAUGACAUUCAGGACUGCAUGGAUCGUGGUAUCAUUAACCAAAAGGCCUUGGAUCAGUAUCGGGCUGGAACACUAACCUUGACCCAGUUAGCUGACGAAAUUACAAGCAAAAGCAACAGCGCUGAGAUAAACAUUGCAGCCAGCAAUGUAGAUGACGUAGUCACCUGCAGCAGCCCCACUCACGCCACACCAUCUUCUCCAACCGUCCGUAAACGCUUCAACAGUAUUUCUAUUACAGUCUCUCCCGCUGAGCUGUUUGAUGACCAGAGCCCUGUGGCCGCCAUAUUUGACACGGAGACUUUGGAAAAAAUAACUAUUCCUGAAGGGCAGAGAAGAGGCAUAGUUGACGCUAUUACAGCACAGAGGUUGCUGGAGGCCCAGGCCUGCACAGGAGGUAUCAUCAACCCCGCUACUGGUGAUAGACUGACACUACAGGAGGCUGUCCAUCAGAGCAUCAUUGAUGACAACAUGGCCACUAAGCUGAAAGCUGCCCAGAAAGCUUAUGUCGGUUUUGAGGACGUGAAGAUCAAAAGAAAGAUGUCUGCAGCAGAGGCAGUAAAGGAGACAUGGCUUCCUUAUGAGGCUGGCCAGAGAUUUCUGGAGUUUCAGUACCUAACAGGUGGCCUGAUAGAGCCUGAGACUGGGAGACGCAUCACCAUUGAAGAGGCUAUCCGCAGAGGCUGGCUAGAUGGCCAGGGCGCCCAAAAGCUUCAAGACACUCGGAACCACCAGAAGAACCUGACAUGUCCCAAGACUAAACUGAAGAUCUCAUAUAAAGAAGCAAUGGAUAGCUGCAUGGUGGAGGAAAGCAAUGGCAUGAAGAUGCUGCAGGCCACCUCCAUAUCCACCAAGGGAAUCAGCAGCCCUUACAACGUCUCUAACCCAAGCUCUCGUUCUGGGUCCAGGGCUGGCUCCCGCACUGGCUCCAGGAGUGGCUCUCGUAGAGGCAGUGUGGACUACUCCUCUACUUUCUCCUACAGCUUCUCUUCCAGCAGCACCACCAAUCAGUUUUAGUGCACAAGAUUAAAGAAAUAAAGAAAUAAAAUAAAAAAGUUACACUAGUUUUCACUGGCAGUUUCUGUGCAGUUUCAGUACCUUAACUCUGCUUUUUUUUGAAUGUUUUCUGCUAUUUACAAGAUAAUUGAGGGUUUGUAACUAAUCAGCUUCUGAAUUCAUAUAAAUGUAUUAUGGUUGUUUGUGGUUUUUGAAAAUCAAGUGUUUCAUGUUGAGUACUAUUUAGACUUUUUAUGACAUACAUAACAAAUGACUAUAUUUGUAAUAGCUCAUAAUAUAUGGCUUUCUUCAAAUUAAACAUUUUGCUGUUUUAAAUGUCUGUUGACUUCAGGUUCAGCGUAGCUUCAGAUUUUUAGCUUGUUAGUUUAUUGAUUCAUAUAUGUUUUUCAUCUUUAAAGAACAUUUUUUGAUAAUCGCAAACACUGUUUCAUGUUUUUUUGUUUGACAAUAUAAUCAUCAACCAUGAAAAUUUGCCAUUGCCAUUGUAAUGUUACACUUUCGUAAUUACAAAUAAAGCAGUCAUGUUGAUUGAC